AUAGAAACGAAAAGCUUAUAAGCAAAUCAACAAAACUUUUAUUUUAAGAAACAAAAACCAACAAAACUUCCCCAACUUCUCUUCCUAAAGCAGGCUAAGUACCAAAAUGUCAGAUUCAAUUCACCGGAGAAAAAUAAUGUCAUCGGAUCCAAGCCGAGGCCGGAGCUCCAGGACCAGACGUACGGCGAAGCACAAAGUCUCCCGUCGUAUUCACAGUAAGAUUCGUUCAAAGUCUAGUAAAAUCCUCUAUCGAAGUUUCUCGGAGCCGAAUCUCUACCAAAUCAUCGCUUUUGAAGAUGAUGAUCGGCGUUGCUCUUCGCCGAUGAUAGAUCUCCCGGCUGAAACACCUGAGCAGAUCGUUUAUCUGUCUAAGAUCCGUUCGGAGGUUUUCGCUUCAGCUCCGUCGUUGUCUGGAUUCUCUUCGCCGUGUUCUUCUUCUUCUUCUUCUCCGAUUAACCAACAGGUUAACAAGAGAGAAGCAGCAAAAGUUGUGAUCAAUGUAUCAGUAGAAGGAAGUCCAGGACCGGUAAGGACUUUGGUUAGACUGAGUUGGAAUGUUGAAGAAACGAUCAAGAUGGUCGUGGACAAGUAUCGUAAAGAAGGACGAACACCGAAACUCGAUAAAGAUCUUGCCUUUGAGCUGCAUCAAUCUCAUUUCAGCAUCCAAUGUUUGGAGAAAACCGAUGUAAUUGGUGAAAUAGGUAGUAGAAGCUUCUACAUGAGAAAGAAAGAACCUGAAAACAAGAUUACGAUGAGAAGAAAUCUCCCGUCAUCGAAUUUGAUCGAAUCGUUCAUAGCGCAGAAGAUUGGGAGAAUUGUGAGGAGGACGAGGAAGAUAUGGAACAUUUUAGUAUGUGCUCAGUGAACAACAAAACCGGUUUGAAGUAUUAACAGAUUGUAUUGUUCUAGUUAUGUUUUACGGUUUGAGCGGCACAUAAUAUUUACUUGUGUUAGCUCUACAAUUGGUUAACUUCUUUGUUGUAUAUAUUUACUUUUUAACUUACAACAUAGAUAUAUUUACCUAUAUGCUAUAGGUAUAUAUAUAUAUAUACAUAUUUGUCAAUGUACUCUACUUCGAUUCGAGUUUCUUUCAUUUUUUAAAUAUGAAAUCCGAAUUGUAACUCAAUUAUAAACAUGUGAUUGUGAUAAUUUUGUUGGUUGGGUUUAUUA